AUGGCCGAGACGAAGUCCGGGUCCUACAUCUACAAUGGGGAUCCCUCGACGUUCUACGACUGGAAGUUCAGGACGGAACUGCGCCUGAAACUCUACGAAGACGCUAUUCGGUCGAAAGCGUCCCAAGCCAGGAGUACCCGAGGAGACUCCGAAGCAGGUCUGGAGGGAGAAGUUGACCCAGACCACAACGUCCGAGAGCCAGAGGCCGCGGACACAGCCGAUGAGGAGCAUGAAGGCCCUCAAGAAGAAGGAGGUCUGCAUCCAGGCGGAGCAGACGAGUACUUCGACAAGCUUUCCCAGCUCAGCGCGGGAAGUCGGAGGUCGAAGAAGUCGGGCAAAUCCGCGAAGCCCAUUUCGUUCGAGUACCUUGAAGGACUCCCCUCGAGCACGAAGGCAAGAACAGAAAUGGUACACCGUGUUCUCGAAGGCCUCAGAGACGAAGCCUUCGAACUCGCGAGGGACAUCGGUGUAGAUGCCCUAACUGCUCCAGGGGGACUUCGAAGCUUCAUCGAACGAAUGCGGGAGGUAGUGUUCCCCCGCGCGACAGAGGAAGCCCGAGAGUUGUUCCGGGCGGGACAGAGGCCAGGGACCCUGUCCAGGCAGGCAGGGGAAAGCAUGCUGAGUUACAUCUCCCGUAGACGGAGGUGGUGGAAUCUCCUGAAAACCCUGGAUGCCAGCAUCGAGCUCUCUGAGCCGAUGCGCGUAGAGCUACUAUUAGAGCUCUCUGGGCUAUCUAGACAAGAAGCCCUGGUCGUCAAGGCUUGCACAGCCGACCCGAAGAAGUUCGAGCAGAUAGCAAACACCUUGGUGCAGCACUACACAGGUGUUCAUCUGCGCGAAGGCCGCGCGCUGGGAGGUUUUACCCGCAAGGCCUUCCCUGCGAUCGACGAAGAAGAAGAGUUCGAGGAAUAUGAGCUGGAUGAGGACGAGGCCAUCGCCCUCAACGCCAUGGAGCAGUUCCUCGAGGAUUCUCCCGAGGUAGGACACGCCAUCCAGUUGUCCUUGGCAGCCAACGCAGCCUUCGGCAAGGCCAAGGGCAAGGGCAAGAACAGAUCCAAGGGCAAAGGCAAGGGCAAGGGUAAGGUGGUCCGAAGUCACCUUACGUUGGAGCAAAGAAGGGACAAACUCAAAGCCCUUAAGGCAAAGUCGCGAUGCAUGAGAUGUGGUGGUAUCGGCCAUUGGGCUGGUGACCCUGAGUGCAAGUUCCCUGCAGGCAAGGCCGCAGGCAAGGCAGCACACGUCGCCGUAACGGUCCUAUCCAGCGAGGAAGGUCUGGUCAUUCCCUCGGAAGCGCCAGACAAGGACCACUCUGGCUUUGUCGUUCGCGCUGCCGCAAGCAAAAGCGCAGCUAGCCGAAGUGCAGCUGUAGCGUCAGCGGCGCCAAUGCCUAUUCCGAUGGAAAUGGAAGGCGGAGAUCGUAAGUUUUACCUUGGUCAGUACAAGGGGAAGACUUACAACGAGAUUGCCCGGCUUCCAGCUGUUGUUCAAUGGGCACAGGUUCAGGUGAACCCUAGUCGCCAACUCCAAGACUUUUUAGCCUGGUUCAAUCGCUACUAUGUGAUCGAGGGCGACGAGGUUGUCACCCGAGCCAGCAUAGGUAUCCCUGAAGGAACCUAUGUACCGCGUGUCAAGAACAAGGGCGGAAAGAAGGUACCGCCGAACCCACCAUUGGAGCCUUGCGUCCAAGGAUGCAAGGAUUUUACGCACGCAGGAUCUACCAUGAACUGGCUGCGCAGUACCUGUAGAGACUGCGGAAAGGUCACGCGAGAACCCAGAGAGGUCUCAUACACCAACGACCCAGAGACAUGCCCGCACGAGAUCAUUGAUCGACGUGGCUCGUCGCGAUCAGUGUCUCGCACGUUUUGCAAACAAUGCGGAACGUUUAUAGAUGAGGUUCCGGCUGACUUCCAGCGCCGACGUCGAGAUGCGGCAAAUCGUAUGCUCAAUGCCACUGUAGACUCUUUAUCUGUGAUGAGUAACACACAGAUUGCCGGUGAGUCAAGGGACCUUGAGCACGACGAUGUGGAACUCAUCAUGGGUGUCUUCAAUGACUCUGUGACCACCAUGAUAGAGAUGGGGAUGCGCGUCACCCCGUCUGUUUUACACAGUCGCCUUAGCGAGGCAAUCGUUGAUGCCUUAGAGCCCACUGGUGACAGUCCGGAUUCCUGGUCCCGCGUUGGCCAUGUUGGAAUCAUAGACCCAACGGACCUUACAAAGGAAGAAAGAGUUCUUUCUAGAUGGGAGAGACUGGUUAAAGGUGUUAAUUGGCAGGAUCAUUGUGUAGCCUGGGAGGAUGCUUUCCUUAUGGGCCAUGACCGAUUAGGUAUAGCCAUUCUUGAAGCACAAUGGGCUGACCCAGCACCUGCACCGUCCACAGGCAUCAACCUGAGCCUGACGUUGGACGACCUUGAGCAGGCUCGUCCUGAGUCACCGCAAGUUCCGGAUCCUGUAGGGCCGGAGCAAGGUUGGACCCGUUUAGGCCAAUUGCCCGAGAUAGACCCCGACGAGGCUAUCGAUGAUUCCCUAGCAUUUCCUGAUUACGACCCCUACGAUCCUUAUCUCGAGUGCACCCCGAACAGCAACCACGAGCUCGAGGUGGAUACCCGAGCGCAUGCCCACGCAGCCUCCACUGACAUCGUUCAUCUAGACAAUUUACCCAUGGUUGACCUCUGGAGUAGGACCCUGGCGGGCGUGCUGGACUCCCAUGAGGUAGACACCGUCGACUACCACGAGUACUUGGAAAGUGGAAUGCUCUGGGACCAAGUUCGCCCCAAAACGUUCACAACUCCACCGCCGAUAGUCAUCUUGUCCUGCGGGAUCAAGUACUACAUGAACAAGGAAGACGGCUGGUGGGGGAAAAAGGCGAGGGAUCCGAUCCAUUGGGCGGAUCGAGUACCUCAGGUGUUCCGGGAUGGUUACACGCUGAUCGUCCAGGACCUCAGGGAUCUAAGCGACCCUGCAAAUGGUGCUUGGAAUGACCACAUCGGUAGGCACCCAGAAAUCAUCAAGGGCCUGGUCAACGCCGAGGCAGGACAACGCUUGCUGCGAAAAAACCUGGUGGAUCUGUUAGACCACUACAAACGCGGCGAAAAAGUUGCGUUGGUAGCAUUUUGCACCAGCAAUCGGCACAGGUCAGUUGCCUUUGGCACGACCCUAGCGGCGUGUCUUUUGGCAAAAGGGAUCGAGGACCAUCUUCUCGUUCACCUGAACGCCAUCACUAGUUGGAAAGGCAUGGUGUGUGGAGGUGGAUGCAGCGACUGCGGUGAGUUCUCCAAGCCUGGUCUGGUGAACCUCGGGAAGCAUGCCAACUCCCUCUUGGAUGCGCUCGAGGGCUUCGACGAGGCGAAUCGUCACCAGUGUCUGGGUAAGUGGGUCUUUGCCGGUGCCAAUGCAAGGUUGGACUACACGCCAGUGGUUGGUACAGCGACGACGGAGACGACCGCUACGGCGUCUUCCAGCAAGGCAUCCACUACCAGCAAGGCUCCCGCAGUAUCUGCCACGUCUAUCGUUCCGAAGGCACCGCCUGCAGAGAUGGAGAAUGACGUGGGGUACUGGAGAGAGCGCUGCAUCCGGCAGGAAGCAGCAAAUGAACACCUCCAAGUCAGACUGGUUGCUCUUGAAACUGAGCUUCGAGAGGCAAAGAGUUCUGGCGAAAGUUGGCUUUCUCGAGCCAUCGCUGCCGAGAAGGAGUUGGAGGUGGUCAAGCGAUACGAACGGAGACCUAGAUCCCGUUCUGAGUCGUAUGACUCCAAGGACGAGUCUAGGAGCCGAUCCAGAGACGAUCGAUCAAAAGACGAUCGCAGAGGCCGAGAGAGAUCGGGAUCCAUGAGACCUGGUCGAAGUGGCCCCCGCUCUACGUCAGCAGGACCGAGCAUCAAGGAGGAGCCCGACGAGGAGGAGCGUGAGGCCAGAGAGUUGGAGACACCUGCGUCAACGCCAGGUCAUACCCCUAGGGAUGGCGAGGCGUGCGUCGAGCCUGGCGCCGGCGGAGGGUCUACGCAGACACCGGUGGAGCCACUCCCCGUGGUAGAUGGUAUGGAAGGACCCUUGGACCACAAUAGGCCAUGGGCAGCCAACCUUAGCUUCCCCGAUCUUACAAAGGUCGCGUCCAUCCUUAGGAGGACGAAACCGGCGAGGUACAACAGUAACGGGUGGAUCGGUCCGGCCACCAAAGAGCAAGGGAUGCAAUGCACCCUGAAGCACAACAUCCGUUUCUGGGUGGCUCACAAAGACCACUCGUUUGUGCACCGGUGGGACAACGCCUUAGACGACUUCACCAAAAGCGUCUUCCUGUUCCGCGGUGCGGAGCGCACGUUUUCCAUAAUCCAGAGGGAUGUGGACAUGCGCGCGGCGCUCACCAUCGAUGCCGCAGAACUGGGGGACGGCGACAGCUUCAUCAUUUUGGCCCGAAGUCAGAAGCAGAGGGCGGCCGACCACACCGGCGGCUUACCUCGGGUCUCGACCUAUAGAGGCGAGGCCAGGCCAUAUGGGCAAAGUUUGCGUCGUCCCAGCGCCAGUGCCGAAGGCAGGUCGGUUUCCUCGGACUCCUCUGCCUCUUCAGGGAGUUCGGGGUCGGGUGUCAGUAUUCCCACUGGAGCCAAGUACUUCACCCCAGCAUGCAACCUUGCAGUCCUGUCCAAGGAGUCCGGCAUCCGUGUCAUCGACGUCGGAUUGGACGCGAUGAAGCCGUGGGAGGCCGAAGGGAUUCGUAGGACCCUUCAAGAGGUUAGCCCCAGUUUAGUGGUUGUAGCUAUUGAGUACCAGGAACCGGGACUCAAUCAUAGUGAAGUUGUGGACGAGGUCAUAGCCCACUGUGAGUGUUCAGGGUCAGACUACCUGAUAGCUGACGUUGCCGACACUGAACGUUGGGGGUAUUUCUCUGUUCCCAUGUACCCAGACAUAGGACAUGGUGAUGUGAGCUAUGUGUCCAAUAAUUCGGAAAUAGCAGAUGCAUUUGAGGGAUGGACCGGUGAAGGCUAUCCAACCAUGGGACCCAGGAGUUUUUGGGAUUUGUUUUCUAGUGACUUUUUGGGUUGGUUGAUCAAUUAUGCCAAUGACCAUGCUGCAAUUUCACUUGUGGCAACAUCGUACCCAGUAUGGGACGAUGGCGAGAUUGAUGAUAGCGAGUUUCCAACCUUCGAUUCCGUUGAAAACGAAGAUGAUGUAGCAAGAAUGGACCCAGGAGAAGAGGCCAUUCAAGAGGACCUUGAACUAGACGAAGUUCAGGUCGACCCGCAGUAUCUAGAUGGACUGCGUUUGUUGCGCUGCAAUGAGUGCGAGGAGAACGCGCCAAGACGUCCCGGUCAAGCGUCAAGCGCAAAGUGCCUCGAGGCCAUACAGAGGAGGUGGAUCACUUGGGCUGGUCACCCCAAAGCACUAAAAUGUGAUCGCGGAUUGCACAACCGCGGCGUCCUAGCAAGGUACAUGGCCGCGCACGGAGUGGAUGUUACACACGCGCCGCUCGAAACACCCGAAGCCAUAGGCCGAGUGGAGAGACACGGCGGGAUCAUCAAAGGAAUGGCCCGCAAGGUCAUCAGCCAAACUCAACCGCGGGGUUGGUUGGAAAUGCAGCAAGUACUUGAUGAGACUUGCCUGACAAAGAACAGCCUACUCAGACAGGGAGGCUACUCGCCAGCUCAAUGGGUGCUGGGUCGAGCGCCGCGUGAACUACCAUCUAUCCUUAGUGAGGAUGGGCACGCAGAUCUAGGAGCCAUUCAGGACUCUCUCGAUCCCGAGUCCGCUUUCGCGCUCCAACACAUGGUUCGUGCUGAGGCGAAGAAAGCAUUCGUCCAGCUGGACACCUCUAAACGAGUUCAGCGCGCUCUUUUGCGCAACGCGAGAGCGAUUCCUGGAGAUUACCAGGAAUCGGUUUGGUUGCUUUGCGAAAACAUUCCAGUUUUGGCGUCUGCGCAAAACCUGCGACCAGCAACGGACGCAGAGGCUUUGGCCUUUGAUAUCCUUCAUGGGAAUGCAAUUAUCCCUGAGGAAAUUGUUAAGGAUCAACAAGGGUUCGACGACUAUCGUGAACCAGCACCAACCGGGGAUCACGAUCCAGCGCCAGAUGUGACACUUGAAGAGGGCCCCAGUGAUGGACCCAUGCCAUCUAUCCUAGAGGAAGACGAGGAGCACCCGUCUCGUCGGCUUAGCAUCGCCGAGCCUGAGCAAGAGAGGACUCCAGGUGGAAGUCGGAGGCCGUCGUAUGAUGUACAGGACGAUUUGCCUGAGCAGCUGCGGCAGCACUUCCAGCGCGUAAGGGAUGCGGAAGCGACGCCACCUAGAAUUGUCAGCGACCAAAACACGGCGCUGAGUGCGACUCAAGCCCGACCGCGGGCUAAGUUCAUAGCCUUUAUGGCGAAUCGCGCGGCAAACAUUUCAAAGGAAGAAGCCAAGUCCCUUCCAGGCAGCCUCAACUACUAUGACUGUUCACCCGCUGUCCAGCGCAAGAUCGAUGAAUCUAGAAAGAAGGAAUGGAUGAAGUAUGAAUCAUUCCAAGCGGCGAUUCCAGUAACCGGUAAGAUCCUAAAGGACUUAUUGGAUGAGGGACAUGUUCCAUUGCCCUCUAAGUGGGUUGACACUGUCAAAAACAUCCACGAACAGCACCUGGAAUCAUUCGAUCCAGAAUUCAAGUCCCGCAUGGUUGCUUGUGGCAACUUUGAAGGCGAGUGUGGAGUGAGGACCGAUUCGCCCACAUCGGAUAUUGAAACCCACGCCAUGGUGUGCGCAUUCGCAGCGUCAGAAGGAGUACCUGUGCAGGGCUCCGAUAUCAAAAAUGCCUACUUCCAGGCUCUCCCAAUAGAUCGCAUAGUGCUGAUGCGACAACCCCGAGGGGGACUCCCGGGCGUAGACCCGGAAGCGAUGUUGUUAGUUCGCGUUCCUGUCUAUGGACUCCAAGACAGUGGGAGAGGGUUUUGGAAGCGCGUAGACAAAGACGCAAAAGACGUAGGUCUUAAUGCGUCGCGCAUUUUUCCCGCGUUUUACUACCACACCACGGGUAGUAAAGUGGAUCUCUUACUUACCACUCAUGUCGACGAUUUUCUUUGGGCAUCAACCCCCACUGGUGAUGAAAUCAUGAAUCGACUCUUAGAAAGGUUCGAAAUCGGCAGAAAGGAGAUCAAGAGACUCCGAUUUUGCGGGAAGCAAUUUGACCAAUCCGGCAAGGACAUAGUUAUCGACGUUAGCGAUAACACACGCCGUACUACGUAUAUCGACAUAGCGAAGGGCCGACAAUCUUCGGGCCCGAUCACGCAAGGUGAAGAACGUCAACUGCGUAGCGUAGUGGGUAGUCUGAGCUGGAUAGCCAGACAAGGCAGGCCGGAUAUCCUGUACAAAGUUUCGUAUUUGCAGUCCAAGGUUAAGGGAGCCACCGUAGCUAUCCUUAAGGAGGCUAACAAAUGUCUUGAAAUUGCUCUUGCAGGAAAAGAUUUCUGCAUCCGGUACAAAAAUGGUCCUUUCGACUUUAUGGAUCUGGGAGUUUUAACCGCCUCAGAUGCCAGUUUUGCCGGGGCGCCAGGUUUACGAUCCCAGCAGGGACGUAUUCACUUCCUAGUUCCAAGGAAGCAAUUGACCACGCCAGGCAAUUGCGUAUUCGAUGUUGCCUUGAUCAGCUUUGGAUCAACGACAAUCAAGAGAGUAUGCAGAGCAACUCUCCAAGCCGAGACGUACGCGCUACAGAGUGCGCAAGAGUCAGGUGACCGAAUUCGAGCUCUGUUGGCCGAAUUGUAUGGACAAGGCAGUCCAGGAGCUGAUUGGUACGACCGAUCCAGAAGGACGGUUCCGCACAUGAUGCUCACAGACUGUCGUAGUCUGUCUGAGCACCUCAACGUGGAGGUCCCUUCACGUGUCCAAGACAAACGUCUCCAAAUAGAACUGAACGCGUUGCGUCAGGCGUUGUUCGAAGACGAUGGCACCCGCAGUACCGAGGUCUUUCCCGGUGCAGGUGACCAAGUUGUGUGGACCUCUACGGCCACCAUGAUCGCUGAUUGCUUGACGAAGAGUAUGCGCCCCGACUUCCUCAUCAAGGUAUUGACAGCCUGUCAGUAUCAAAUCGAGAGGCAGUCGGAGAAGCAACUAGGAUGA